UUGACUUUGACAUUAAAAAGUGACAGUACAGUAGAGGUUAGUUUAAAAUUUUAGAUUUUUUAAAAAUACUGGAAUUAAAUAAAAGUAUUCUAUAAAAAUGGCAUCUAAGGAUAUGACUCAGGAAGAAAUAGAAAACUUCGAUUGGAUAGCAUUAAAGAAAGACAUGGAUGCAGUGCUUCCUAGUGAAACACAAGGACAAAAAUUUGUGAGAAAAUUUAAGGAGAACCCUUUUGUGCCAAUUGGUUGUUUGGCCACGGCUGGUGCUUUGACAUAUGGUCUUUGGUGCUUUAGGACUGGACAGAAAAAGAUGUCACAAUAUAUGAUGAGGACCAGAAUUGUUGCCCAAGGAUUCACAGUGGUGGCUUUGAUUGUGGGCAUUGGUAUAUCUGCUCAAAAAAAUAUGAAGAAAGAUGGUUAAUAAUAAAAAUAUUUACCCUAGACCUAUAUAGAAUUGUGUACAUAUUUUUGGUUAGCUAAUAGAAACUUAUUGUUAAUAGUA